AUGCAAUCGCUCGCGGAAGAGUGCACCCCCCUCAAGCAACGCUACGACGCCUGCUUCAACCUCUGGUUCGAAGGCUACCUCCAGCCUGCGCUGGAUGCUGCGGGUGUCCGGCGCCCGCUGAUGAGCGGAGUCCCAGAGGCUGAGGCUGAGGCUUCUUCUUCUUCACCAGCCGUCUCCCCUUCCCCAUCUUCCGAGGAACAACCUGCCGACGGCAAGCGCCGCCUCAUCACUUCUUGGGCUUACAGCUCGGCGUUCCGGCGUCGCGCGAUGCCCACGCCUGCCCCGGCUGACGACAUGGUUGGGGCCAGCCACGUCCACUUUGACUUGGAGGAGGAAGAGGAGCCGGCCAUGGAUACGGAGGGAAUGACGCGGGCUCAGAUCAAGGCGGCGCAGUAUGAACGACAGUGCGGCAAGGUGUGGAAGGAGUACCAGGGGUGCUUGAGGAAAGCGAUCGGGGACAACCAGAACCUCACGCAGCUGCUCGAGCAGGCGCGCGACGAGCAUCCUUUACACAGUAUGGAUGGGCUCGAGGGGACCACAUGGGACCCAUCGACCAGGGGAGGACAGUAA